AUGGAAAAGUUGAAACUAUCGAAGAAUAUGAGAGCAAGAACAGAUUCAACAUUUAACGAAUUUCUUUUAAGAGUUGGAAAUGGCGAUGAACUGACAGUGGCUGAUGACCUAAUAGCAUUGUCCACUUCUAUUUUGAUAAAGAAUCAAAGUGAUGAUUUACCAGAAGAUUGUCUAAUAAAUGUAAUUUUCCCAUCUUUAGAUGAGAACUUCAAAUCCAUUGACUAUAUGAAAGAUCGAGCUAUCCUAGUAACAAAAAAUGAAUAUGUCGACAUACUAAAUGAUAGAAUCAUAAAACAAUUUCCAGGUGAAGAAAAAGAAUUCUACAGAUUUGAUGAAGCAGUUGAUGACACUAAUCAUCACUACCAGCCAGAAUUCCUAAACACAUUGCUACCAAAUGGACUACCACCCCACAAGCUGGUAUUAAAGAAACAUUGUCCUAUUAUUUUAUUAAGGAACCUGGAUCCGACUAAUGGGCUAUGCAACGGAACAAGAAUGGUAUGUCAAGAUUUUAAUUGUAAUAUAAUCCAUGCUAAGAUCACAAUGGGCCAACAUGCAGGGAAAGAAGUUUUCUUGCCAAGAAUAUCAUUAUCUCCAGCAGAAGAUGAAGGGUUCCCGUUCAAGUUUAAACGAAAGCAAUUUCCAAUACGGUUAUGUUUUGCAAUGACAAUCAAUAAAUCACAAGGACAAACAAUUCCUCAUGUAGGCAUCUAUCUACCUCAACACGUUUUCUCUCAUGGACAGCUGUAUGUUGCUUUAUCACGAGGGACUUCAAUGACAACAAUCAAAGUCCUAAUAAUAUCAGACGAACAAUUUAAAGAAUAUGAAAGAUACACAAAAAAUAUAGUAUACAUGGAAGUCCUCCAGCCAACAAACGUGAAAUGA